AUGCAUUUCACAAUCGGGACUUUGAGAAUUACGUGUUGGUGGGGAAAUGUUUUUCUUCAAUUGGUGAUAUUCAUGAUCGGACAAAGUGAAGUUUGUGGACGACGAAUAAGUAUUGAAACAACAAGAAACGACGAAAUCUCCAACAACUUGGGCUUCAAUACUUCGUCAAGGGAAAGUUCAAUUAAAGCAACAGCUUUAACAAAUGCAAUUUCGGAUAAUCUCGAGAUAGAUGAUAAAUAUGACUGGUACCAACCGCUACUAAGAAACUGUCGACUUCAUUUACCCGAUGAAAAAAAUAUCAUCCUUUCAUACUAUGGGCAUCACAGUUCUAUAGCGGCGGACGCAAUUAUUCCUCAUGGCACAACUUUGGUGGCUCGUUGUCCUGUUCUUGGAAAAAUGAAGCUCUUGGGUGCUUUUUCCAUCCAAUGUUUCAAUGGGAAAUGGAGUGACAAACUACCAACAUGUCUUCCAACAACCCCUUCAGAUGGCCUGUCUGCAUUCGUUGAUGAUCAUCCGCCAACAAUAAAAACCAAUAUCCCUACGGGUUCUGCCGGAGAAAAUGCUGCUGGAGAACUGGUCGUUCGUCCACGAAGUGUUGUGCACCUGGAUUGUAUUUUUUACAGAAAAUUAGGGAACCCCCGAUGGACUUGGAAAAAGUCAAAUAACUUGACGCGAAACCACCCCUUUGGUUGGGCAAUUGCCCGCGAAGAAAGACUCUGGCGAUUUCGGAUUUCAAUUUUCUCCAUUCAAGCACGUGACGAAGGGGAAUAUACUUGCACUACUCCCCGUGGACAUAACAAUAGCAUACGUAUCGUUGUUCAAACAAUUCAAUGCCCUCAGCUUGCUAUGGUUGAAUCACCUCUCAAGGCUGUAAUCGAAGGAAAUCAUGCUGGACAGAAAGCAAUUUAUUUAUGCAUGGAUGGAUAUAGGUUGUUAGGAUCAAAUUCUAGUGAAUGUCUCACUUCUGGUUUGUGGUCUGAAACUAAACAACCGGUGUGUGAAUUAAUUCAAUGUCCUUACGAUAUGGAUGGUGCUGAUCCUCGCUUAGAGUUCGACUUUCUUAACGGAGUGGGCUUUCAAGCAAUGGUGAAAUUUUCUUGUCCACCUGGCUAUCAACUUAUUGGACCAACAAAUGCAACUUGUCAGAAAAGCAUGAACUGGUUUCCAUCUCCACCUUCAUGUCAAGUCGUAGAAUGUCCUGAAUUAUUGCCUCCACUGAAUGGCCGGAUCAAAGAAAGUGGCAGUAACCACUUUGUAGGAGAUGUUGUCAAAUUUUCGUGCAACCGUAAUUUUCAGUUGCUCGGACAAUCCGAAAUUUCUUGCAUGGAAAAUGGAACUUGGUCUUUUUCGGCUCCGCAGUGUCAGAUGUAUUGUAGCCAUCCUGGUUCUCCAACGUCGGGAUUUAUAGAUCCAAACAAUUACAUUUAUGAAAUUGGAGCUACAGUCCAAGUUGGUUGUAAUUCGGGAUUGAAAUUACAGGGAAGGAAAUGGUUGACCUGCCAACAAGAUGGGUCAUGGUCAUCGACAAUAGGAUUGUGUAUUAGUGAUUUUUGACCUUUUGAUUUACCUUAUUUUUUUAAUUUCUAAAAGUGUGUCAUCUUUUUCAAUUAAAUGAUUGUCUUUGUAGUUUGAAAUUGUUUUUAGAAAUCUGUUUGCUGUUUCUACAUUGUCAUAUUUUGUGCCCUGCUGCUGUCGUUGAGUGUCGGUUUAAAUGUGUAUAUGUAAGUUUCACGAUGUAUACUCGUUGCAAACAAUAUAACCUACGGUGUAAAAUAAGAAAAUAAAAACAAUGAAAAAUUCAA